GACAGCCUUUUGCCCGAUGGUAUAGAAGUUGACAAUCCUAAUUUAUUAAAAAAUGAGACCCUGAAAAGUACAAAUUUGGGAAAAUUAGUAACUGCACCUAUGUUAAAGUUUAAAAAUGCUAAGAAUGACUUCAACAAACAUUCAAAAACAGAAUAUCAUCUUCUUUCUGUUCAAAGAGCAAAUGACUUCCUAAUCAAUUUUGAAAGUGGGUUUGAAAAAACAGUUGAUGUACUCUUUGAUAAACAUCUACAACAAUCGAUUGAAAGCAACAAAAAAAGGCUGAUACCAAUUGUUAAGACAAUAUUAUUCUGUGCUAGAAAUAAUUUACCGUUGCGUGGUCAUCGAGAAGCUGGUUCUUUAUCAUUAGAAAGUGUGAGAAGUUCUUGUACAGUUGGUGAACAAGGUAUUCUUCGUGCACUUCUGGCUUUUCGUGUCGACAGUGGUGAUACAGAACUUCAAAGACACUUUGAAACUUCCCCUAAAAACUGCACAAUGAUCAGCCCCAAAGUCCAGAAUGAAAUAAUUGAUGUAAUUGGUGAUGUAAUUGUAGGGAAAAUAGUUGAACGAGUCAAACAAUUUUGA